UCCUGGUCGUCCGAUAAGACGAGAUCUUCACCUUUUGAAUUUGCGCGUAGCUUCUUUAUAGUGUUCAAAAAAUUCAAAUUCUCAAUACAGAUUGACGGUUUCUUUACAUCCCACGGCAAUACGAUGAGCUAGGUUGUGCUGGUCGCGAUCGUAAAUUGAAAUGUGCAGCUCUAAGCAGGUUACUCAUGAAUGGUCGAUUCGUUAUCGCGGGUGGAUGGACAAAACUCGAUAACGGUUGUUGUUGGGUUGAAAUAGUAUCAGAUCAAGGCAAAAAAGUCGUGUCGAAAAUAAUCACAUUUUAUCGCGCGAAAAUACCUAGAUUGAUUACGACUGGGCGACGACGUGUCCGCAUAUCGGCUAAAGUGUCCGUAGAGGUGCCGAAGUGUUAUUGCCUUGAAGGCCGAAUUCGGAGUGUCCCAUCGGAAACAUCGAGUCAGUCACUGCUGAACGAACAAUGAGAAAGCGCGCAUUCGUGAGGUGUUUGAACCAAUAUUGCUUUGCGUAGCUGAGGUGAAUCGAUCGACGAAAACUACGGAAAUCGGAAGAAAGUGUGUGCGCGAUCACGAUCGCGAUCGAUCGAUCGUCAGUAGGAAGGUUCAAAAUUCAAAAAGCUAUUAUCCGUGUCACAUAGCGGAGUUUCGUACGGAGUUUGAAGCGGCGAAGAAGUGAUCACCACCCGAUCGAUCAGGGCUAGUGUCCCCCAACUUGGAUCGCAAUGGUGUUCCGUUGUUCCAUGUGCGGAAUGGGUCCACGGUCCACCAUACUGCUCGUCGGAAUCAUAUCGCUGAUAUUCUCAGCAGGAUAUGUAUUCUUCACUCUAGCUGGGGUCUUGGCGCACAACUGCCACCUCAACAUGACAACAUCGCCAGAAGAGUAUGGGAUCUACCUGUAUUACCUGCGUCAUUCAGAAUGCGGACCCGUCAACCUCACUUAUCUAGGAAUCAGAGAUGUCCCUCAUGAUUUCGAGAUCAUCGUGCCGGACGUGUCUGCAGCAGCCGAAAGGACCUACAUAUUCUGCAUUAUCGGACUGAUACUGUUUGGAGUGUGGUUCAUCACAUCGUUUUUCUCGUUGAUUUCGAUAUGCACAUCGUGCAUUGGGCGAUGCUGUAUUGCAAUUGGGAUAUACCCGUACGUCAUCACGUUGUUCUUGGUGUUGAUCUACACUGCAGUUGCCUUCGUAUUUUACUUAAUCGAUUUCAUACAAAGUUUCGAUUUAGAUUUUGUACUUAGCUUGUUGGAGAUCCAAAACAAAAAAGAAGUUGAACCAUUCCUCGAUCGACUUGAUGAAAUCCUUUUGGUUGUGCCUCCUCUAUUGAUGUGGCUGGUUGCUGGAAUAGGGGUUCUGUUUUGGUUCAUGUUCCUAACAUUUGCCUUUGUCAUGCUUGGCGUCGCAAGUCGUUUAUGGGCAGAGAAUAAACCGGCUCCUGCAUAUAACCGUGCCAUGCAGCAAAGUCGAACGGUUGUCCCAGCGACAGCUCCUGUAGAGAUGACCGAGGAUUCAAGAGUAGUGCAUCCUGGACCGACAGUGGCUGCAGUUCGCUAUAAUGAUCCUGCAAGACAACCAAAUGAACCUCUUCCUUAUCAUCAACUUCCCCCGUCAAUGGUAGACGUCCGAAGGACCAUCGAACCGCUAAAGAGUGGUCACGAGCCCGUACAACACCUUCAGGUUUCGCAUGUUCCGUUGCACGACAAUAACCAUAACCAUCUUCAUGAGCAUUCAGCUCCUCUUAGACCGAGUUCCAACGUCAACCCCUACACUGACAAACGGUUUUCCUAUAUGCCUGGGAAUCCUCAGCCAUUCUCGUACCUAGUGGGACCUCCUCCACAUUCUAGUCCGAGGAGCUCGGUAAACAUUCCGGAGGUCCGCAGCCAACUGCCAUGGAGCUACUUCCCACCGGUGGAAGAAGCCGCGAUGCCAAAACGGGUUACCUCCACUUUGACUGAGCAUAAGGAGUUUCCCGGACAAGAGAUUAGCGCCCCCAUAUCCAAACCUGGUGCCAUAGACGAUCGGUCAAGUGAUGAAGGAAAAUGGAGCGGUCCAGAGUAUCGGUACUAAACUUCCUUCAGAGCACUUAAUCGACCGAAACCAAAGAUGCCAUCAAUUGCGAUGCCAAACGAACGAUCAGUCAUUCUAACUUAGCCUGUACGAGUCUACUUAGUAAAUCAUCCCUUGGCGCUGUUGAGCAGCGUGAAGUGCAAUUAUAGCAUGUAAGUCACUUAUGUAAGCGAACGAAUCGUUACAAAUAAACCCUGGAGAACAUCGAAA